AUGGACUUAAACAAGUUGAUUAUUAUUUUACCUUCCUGCGCUGGCCUCAUAACAUAAUUACUCUACGUAUCAAAGUUAACAAUACAAAAUACUCACAUUAAAACAAAAGAUAAAAUUCUUUUGAAUGUCUUCGUGAGCAGCAUGGUUUUUAAUAUUGGCCUAAUUUUAAUGAGUCUAACAAACAGUUAGUGUAUAGUAUCUCAAGCAUUAAUUACCUUUGGAUUUAACUCAGCUAUUUUGUUUACUAUUUUCUACAUUUAUACUGAAUACUAGAGUCUUAAAUCAGCUCACCUAUUUUCAAGCAAACGAAAGACAGCUUGUCUAUUCUUGACUAUUGCAAUUAAUGUCUUAUGUGUUGGUCUUGGAUUUGUAUCGAUGUUUUAGAUAGGUGAUGAUUUAAACGAUAAUUAAGAUAAAACUUGCUUAGAAUUAGUUAAUUCUUCAUUUAUUAAUAAAUAAUACGUAUUAGUUAUUUGCCAUUUGAUACCAUUUACUGUUGCAUUUGUUCUAAUGACGAUUUAAUUAUACAACAUAUCUGUAAAGCUUCAUAGAAAAUAUUCUGUAAUAGUAUCCUCAAAAAAAAUUCUCUUGCCUACAUUCUGUCUCCUUUUUUAUUUUGCAAUGACUAUUUAGGUUACCUUAUAAAUAUGUUAUCCACAAUCUACUACUGAAGAGGAUAGUAAGAAUUCAAAAAGAGCAGAGAUGUGGAGAAAAUUCGGACUCUAUGCACUUUCUUUCUAUGGAAUCUUCUAUUCUACUUUUUAAGUAUUCUUUAAUAGUAAAAAGAUAAUACCACAAAAGAGAUUCUAGAGUUUCUCUUCAAAUGAAGAAGAAGAUUUAAGUUUAGAAAAAAGCAAAAAAAGUGUAUUGUGUAGGCAUUUUUUAUCAGAUGAUGAAAUUUUAGCUGGAAAAUAAAUAAAAUUAAGUGAAAGUUAAUAAAGUAAUAAAAGUUGA